GCCCUUUUCACGCGGCGCGGCGGUUCUCCUUGCUGCCGCCCUUGAUUAAUUGCGCGAAGGCGAUGGCGGCUUCGCGGGUACCUGGCGGGGGGAACAGAACGAAAGCCUUGGAGUUGUUGCGCAGCCUGCCUAGGGUCAGCCUCGCCAACUUACGGCCUAACCCUGAUGCCCGGCGAAAGAACAAAACACCAGGUCGUGGAAGAUAUAAUCCUUCAAAGAGAACUGGCGGGCAAGCAAAAUCUGGGUCACUCCCUCGAUUAGGCUUUGAAGGUGGCCAAACACCAUUUUAUCUGGUUAUUCCAAAAUAUGGCUACAAUGAAGGACACCAUCUCAGACGUCAAUAUCCACCCAUCAGUCUCAAAAAGCUGCAAUACCUUAUUGACUUAGGCAGAAUUGAUCCCAUGCAACCAAUAGAUCUUACCCAGCUGACAAAUGCCAGAGGUGUAACAUUACAGCCAUUCAAAAGACAUUAUGGUAUCCAUCUUGUGGAGGAGGGUGCUGAUACUUUUGCAGCAAAAAUAAACAUUGAAGUACAGUGGGUAUCUGAACUAGCCAUAGCUGCUGUUGAAAAAAAUGGUGGUGUAAUUACUACAGCUUUUUAUGAUCCAAGGAGUUUGGAGGUUCUUUGCAAACCAGUGCCAUUUUUUCAGAGAGGCAAACCUAUUCCAAGGCGAAUGCUUCCUCCUGAAGAUCUUGUCCGUUACUAUACGGAUCCUGCAAACCGAGGCUACUUGGCCGAUCCUUCAAAAAUUGCUGAAGCAAGGAUGGAACUUUCUAAAAAAUAUGGUUAUAUCUUACCAGAUAUUACCAAAGAUGAACUCUUCGAAAUGUUGAGUUCUCAGAAGGACCCUAGGCAGAUUUUCUUUGGACUUGCUCCUGGUUGGAUAGUAAAUAUGUCAGAAAAGAAGAUUUUGAAACCAACAGAUGAGAGGUUGCUAAAAUAUUACAGCUCCUGAAUAUUGAAAUUGGAUAUACCAGUUAGUGUUUAUAUGUAAUAUAUAGUAUUGUUUUCUCUAAAAAUGAAUCAGUUGUAAUAAUACUAAAAUAAAAUAUGAACAUUUUUCUGCAUUAGAGUUUAUUUUCCUUAUGUCAGAUGCAAUUUUUAAUAUGAUUAAUCCUCAGUGUACAGACUUAUUCUGUCCUGUACUUUUAAAUCACUUAUUGCAGAUUUCUGGGUCUUUUUCCUGCAUUGUUUUCUUCUAGCAGUUCAGUAAAUAUGCUUUUCAUACCCUUUUAGCUUGGAGAUCCAGUGGAGUGGCAAAGCUUAUGUAAUAGUUAUGCUGGUUUCUUGUUGUUCGUUCUAUGUAGUUUUAUACCUCAGCUGCUGAAUGUGUAUGUUCUUUUUUAUAGUUAUGUCUUUUGAUGAUUUUUUUUACUCUUAGCCUUCCAGAGUCAAUUUGAGAUAGGUGGAUAUAUAAAUUGAAUAACUGCAUGAAUAAAUAUACGAUCAGAUAAUGACAUCUUAAAGUACUGCAAUUAUUUUAAUAUAUAUCUGGCAUAAUUUUAAAAGAUUAUAAUUAUACACAGAUAUUCUCCAGCAUGAAGAUGGAGAAUCCACGAAUGGGUUUGCU